AUGCCGAAAGUAUUGUUUCAGAAGUACAAGAAGGUGGUGAGCAACAUCGACCCCAGUCGCCACCUUGGCAAAUUCAAGGAAAUCGACGAGAAUAGGCGCUCGCAGACCGAAUCCGAUUUCGUGGAUGAAAUGGAGGGCGAGUACGAGCCGGAAAUGGAGGAAAUGCGGUCCAGCGAAUUCAGCUUAUCCGAAGGAGAACCUGCGCUAAAUAUCGGCAAGAUCGACUUAUCGUUUCCCGAAACAGUCGAGGAGUUCGAAGCCAGUCCCCAGUGCUAUCCUCCCUCCUACUAUACCCUCUCGCCCAAGGAGCGCUUGCUCCUGCUCUACGCCGAGAAUUUCCGGAAGCAAUUGGUCCUCAGCUACCCAAAGAGACGUGCGAUGGUCUUGGCGCUGCCCAACGAAUGCAAAGUACAGAAAUUCGUUUGCACCACCAUCAGGCCAACGGCGUUUAUUUACACGCAACUCAUAUCGAGUGUUGAGGAAAUUGCCAAGUUUGUCGCCGAUUUCAUUCAGUAUGAGCCACUGGAGGAUCCCAUAAAUUUGCCAAGUCGCCUGAUUUCGCCGGAAACCUUGUUGCGCAGGCGGAAGGGCAACUCCUACGAGAUGGCCACUCUGCUGGUCAGCAUGCUGAUCGGAGCUGGACACCCAGCGCUGGUGGUGUCCGGAGUGGCCCGCGAGGAGACGAUACUCAACGACCAGCUGGCCAUUCCGUACCCGUAUCCAAUCGUCGAGGUGGAGGCCGAGGAGGUGAAGCCAAAGGUCGAGAAGCAGGGCCAGAAGUACAAGCUGCGCGGAUUACCCGAUUUGACGAGUCAUCUGGAGGAGGAUAUGGCCGAGGUUCACAGGCAAAAGGAGGCAGAGGAAAAACGGAUUCAGGACGAAAUUAUUCGGAAGCAAAUGGAGGAUCUUGAGCUGCUGGCCGUGGAUCGACAUCAUUAUCGACGCAGUCAUGCCUGGGUGGUGAUCAUAAACAAUGCACCUUGGAGUAUCAAGCCAAAGACCACCUACACGGAUGUCAAUGGGGAUGUGGUGGAGGCUCCGCCCACGGCCAUUUUCAUAGAGCCCUCGACAGGAUUCAUCUGCGAAACGGGCUGCAAGCAGUACAUCCUUGUGGACAGCAUCUGGAAUGAGUACAACUACUAUGUCUGCAAGCAGAAGCACCAGAGGGUGAGUGAACUGCGCUGGGAUCUGCGCGACACCAGGGACUGGGAGCACAUGCUGCCAGGUGAGCCGCCCGAGAUGCGCAUCUACAAAAUGGCCUCGGAUGAGAAUGUCGCCGACGAGGAGCGCGACAUCAGCGAGGAGAAGCACCUGGACUGCAUUGGCUCCUGGGUGGAGCGACUGCACAUCGGCCUGGCCGACUUCGAGCAACGUUUUCCCAGCUCCGAGAAGAAGAUCCAGUACAAGGGUGCCAUCCACGAGCGAUUCUCGCCCUACUCCCAGCGCGAUGGCAAGGUGAUGCAGCUAACCAUUUUCAAUAACGACGAGUGCACCAUUCCCAAGGUCAGAUAUGAGUACUAUGAAAAUCGAUCUGACCUCAUGCGCCACGUGAAGUACACCUAUGCCACCGAUCAGUUUGAGGAGAUAUUCAACAAAGGGCGAAAUGACAGCCUCAAGUCCAUCGAAUAUUUCUCGGACGCCUCGCAGCAGCGAAGAGUGCACUUUUAUUCGGCUUCCAGAAUCGAUUCCUUGGAGCUGAUGGUGGUGGAGCCAGGCUCCCUAGUUCUGCACUACAAGGAUCGCAGUGACAAGUGUUGGUACAAGGAAUUUGAAUUCACCCCAGCUGGAAACAUUCUCAAAAAAGUCACCGAGAAAUUUCUCAAAGCCAGUGCUAAUGACGUGGGCGCAAAUGAUAUUGCAACACGCACGUUCCUCUUUCAACAAAAUAAAAUUGUUUUGAAAUUUCACUACACAUUCGGGGCACUCACCGCUACGGUAGUGGAAUUCACAAAGCCACCAAGGCCGGAUUAUGGCAAAGAGCUCGUAUACGAUGAGAAACUUACGAAAAUAUACAAGGCAAAUCCCCUAGAUCCAACCCGCACUAAUCUCCAACUCUACAGAUUGUUGUGCGAGCAACUGCAGUAUGAGGACCAAUUGAGGAAGAACUUCGAAAAAAUAUUCGAGGACAUAAACAAUGUGUUCGACUCGCGUAGAUGCGAGAAGGCUGAUCCGAAGCUCAAGUUCAGCAUAUUCGAUCCGCUUCGGAAUGGAGCAGCCAGAGCCAUUAGAAUGCGACAGUUUGAGGAGGAGGAGGAGCUUAAAAAGGAAAUAGCCAGCAAGCCCGCCGAUUUCCUCGCUCCAUAUCUGGUGCCCUACAAGCACCAGGAGGAACUUACUCCGGAGCAAUCCCUAAAUGCAUAUAACGCCUGCCUAAACGAUCUGAAGUCGCGGUUUGUGAGCCUGCUCAAUAACUUGCAGCGCCACUAUGAAGAUUUAACUUCCGAGUCGAAGUCGCUGAACCGGUUCCUCAACAAAUUCGAAAAUCAGUUCAACAACUACGACUACAAGAGGUUGGUGCAGCAAUCGAAGGAUCUGGAACUCAACAAGCGAAUGGUGCAACAGCGUUUGACGCUCACCCACGAAGAGUCCCAGAAGAAAUACGAGGUGGUCAAGAACUCCUUGCUCAAGGAUCCACGGCUCAACUUCAAGAAGGAGGACUUGGCGCGCAGAGCCUCGGAGACAUCGAAAUAAUUUUGCUUGUUGAGAACGCAACAAAUUAAAGGAGUUAAUAUUA